GCGGAAGACGGAAGUUGUUGGUAUGUUCUCCGAGACCAUAGAUAUUGGCUUGAGCGGGGUUUCAUUGCCACCAGAGCGCGAAGACCGUACGACGGCAAAGCUGAAUGGGUUGCGAGUGUACUGGAAUUUGAUGUUGGGAGAGGAACGGUAUCCACCCCAGGCGUCCGGUCGGGGGAACACGCUUUCUGGAACUUGGUAUCGUUGACCAGCAGGGUCGCUAAUUUUCAAUCGGGUCCGUAUACGUUACACGCGGGACCAGCGAGGACGAGAUCGGCUUUAAAGCCAUUUUGGAUGUUGGAAAUGUUGGUGGCAUUGUACCCGGGACAACUGUCGACGUUCUGGGCCCACGCGCCGGGUAAGAACGAGAAGCCAGUUUGGGCUACGAACAGGGAGUGGGCCAACAACAUGGGCAACAAUGUGCCCAUCCUCGACGAGGGGACUUUCAUGAUGAACACUCUCUCAAACCGCUAUCUACUAACACCUAAUGAGAUGGAGUAA